GUAAUUAGUUUCUGCAUUUUUCAGGUUUUUCUCUGGACUAAACUCGGACAUUCCUGGUUUUGAGUCUCAGUUUCUCCAAAACGAUGAAGAAUAAUCUGUGUGUAGCGGCACUUUGCCUCCUGAGUACAGUAAUCCUGUGCCGAGCGACGACCACUGAGGCUCCAGUAACUUUAACUGGGUCAACGUCGGCUCAAGGAACACAAACUACUACACCCACCACAGCUAGUACACCCACUACACCCACUACAACUACUACACCCACCACAGCUAGUACACCCACAACAGCUAGUACACCCACCACAGCUAGUACACCCACUACACCCACUACAACUACUACACCCACCACAGCUAAUACACCCACAACAGCUAGUACACCCACUACAGCUACCACUGCUACUACAGCCACUACACACUCUACAGCACCAACCGAACCCCAUUCAGCCUCAACUGGUGGACAGACUAGCGCUUCAACUGGUGGACCCACUGUAACGCCAACUGGUGGACCCAGCCCCAAACCUCCAGGACUCUCAGGAGGAGAGAUAGCUGGCAUCACCAUAGGAACAAUUGCUGGAGCGGGCUUAUUGGGCAGCGGUAUCUACGGUCUGCUGAAGUACACCAACAAAAUCUGAGACUAACACCAUUCAAAUUAUGAUUUAUGUGGCCACUCAUUGCACAAUAAACAAUUUCCUACUCCAACGUUACCCGAAACCCUGACCUGGAACAAGAGAACAAGAUGCUUCGUCUAAAAAGUUGAUUUGAGAGGAAAAACUUUUCCUGCAUGAUAAUCAGACCAGAAGAAAGCAUCGUGCUCUUUAAUUUUAGUUCUAAAAUAAAAGGAAAACUAUUUUACCCACUUAAAAUAUGUUGUAAAAUGUAUGGUCAAAGUUUAUUUCUCAUUAAAUGGUGAUUUUUUUAAAAUGAAACACAUAUAUUGAACCUACAAUGAUCAUUUAUUGUGAAAGACAAAAAAAACUUUUUGUAAUCUAAGUUCAUCUGAUGAUCUCAUAAUUGUCUUUUUUUUUUUUUUUUUAAAUUGAACCAUUAAAAAAAGAGAAGAAACAGAACAACUAAAAUGUGAUACUUUAUAUAAAAAAAACAGACUGGAUCUAAAAAUAAAAGGCUUAAAAAACUGGCAGUUCAUAAUUUUUGUAAAGACAAAUGUUUCCAUGUCUGAAUAUUCCCAAACAGCCAAACAAGCAGCACAGCCAUUAUCUGCUCCACUAGAGGCUAACGCUAAUUCACAACAAAUGUUUUGUACAGUCAUGCAUAUUAUUUACUUACUUCAGUUUUUCACAAACCUGACACCAAAUAAAGAAAGAGCAUGGAUUAUUGCUGAAAGAAUUUUUCUUAUAAUGGUUGAUGCUAACUGCUAAUGGUAAAACUACAUCUUACACAAAACUAAUGCUGUUAAUUUCCUACUAAAAUACCAAUACUCUGCAUAAACUCUUAUCUGAUCAUAAACAACCUCUGAAGCAAGUAAAUCACUCUUCUUAUUUCCUGCAGUCGCUAGCUAUGCUAACGCUUCACUGUACAUUAAUAAGAUCAGCAAUUGGAGACUCAGUUUUUGUUGAUUUACUUGUUUUUUCUUUCGGUUCUUCUCUACAACAGAAAACAAACAAUACAAAUCUGUUAAAGCAGCAACUGACAAGACUUAAGCAAAGUCAUUUUCAAACAUCCGUUGUAGCUGCACUGCUAGCGCUAGUGACCAAAUAAAAAUAUCAAACCAGAGAGGCUCGGUUUCAGCUGGGAUAUGUUUUGUUCUUUUCUGUAAAAGAAAACUAACAAAUCAUGAACCAUCCCAGAACCUUGAAGCAAACUUAUCAUGCAAGUCUUAACUGCUAAUUUUGUGACUCAAUGCAGCUCAUACUUUUGUGUGCUUUCAAAAACUAGAGAAUAUUUUUUGAUUUAUUAUUUCUCUGUGGAACAAAGACAUGAAUAAACAUCCACCUGAAGCCAGU